AUGUUGGAGUCGGAGCCCAGCCAGAGCGACCCCGACAAGUCGUCGUUGCUCAUGGAGGUUUUUCAGAUGAUUAGUGACAUUGCUGGAUCGUCGGCUUUGCCCUCGCGCUCCAGACAAGUCGUCGGUGAAGAGAUGCGAGAGAAGCACUGGGUCUCGUCGUGCAACGAGCACGGGAAGCUGGACGGCCUUCAGGGCCUUGAACAGACUCUGGUCCGCGAGAUGUUUGAGGAGUUUGCCAAAGACAGUUUCAAGAAUCGGUUUGGACCGUCGAAGCUGCUCAGUGAAGACCAGGCGUGGGCCGUCCCCAGUCCGCAAGAAGGUUCUCAGCGAGGUCUACAACUUCCCCGAACUGGACGUGGCAUCAUGGUCUGCGCCUGGCCCAGUCGACAAGCUGCCGGACACGAUCUAUCACUGCCGCCGGCGGGAGCUCCCCAUGGAGAAGUCAACUGUCUGCAGCGGUCAUGCUAG